CUUGCUCUGAGGAUGAAGAUUUUUUAUCUCCAGAAGAAAUAUCAUCGAUAAGACAACAAGAAGAAGAAGAGGAAUUAUUAUUGAGAAGACAACUAGAAGAAGAAGAAUCAGUGAGAAGACAACUCGAAGAAGAAGUGGAAUUAUCAUUGAGAAGACAACUAGAAGAAGAAGAAUCACUGAUGAGACAAAUACACGAAGAAGAGGAAUUAGAGGAAUUCUCAUUGAUGAGACCAAUACAAGACGAAAGGGAAUUAUCAUUGAUAGGACUUGAAGAAGAACUACAAGAAGAAGCCGAUUUAUCAUUUACAAGAGAAAUGGAAGCAGCAAUAAGAAGAGAUGAAGAAAUGAUAAGAGAAACAGAAGCAGAAACAGAAAGAAGAAGAUUUGAAGAGUCGUCUAGUGAGGGGGAAGAAGAAGAAGAAGUGACGAUGGUGUCUGUUGAAAGUGAAGCAGAUGAAGAAGAGAGUGAAAUCAGAAGAAGAUUAUUUGAACCUCGAGAAGUUGAAUUUACUAAUCCAUCAAAUAUGAGAAUCAAAGUUGAACUCGAACCCGGAGAUAACAAUGAUAAUACUACUAAAUUUAGUGACAGCGGAAUCUAAUGGGAAUGAUGAUAAUGUUCUAUUUGUAUGAAUCCUUAUUCUUCUCAAGGUGAUCAUCAAGUCAGUUGUCUUCCUUGUGGAUAUCUCUAUGGUUUGUCUUGCAUACAGAGAUGGAUUAAGCAUUCCAACCAAAGAGAUUCCAAGUGUCCAAUUUGCAAGCGGAAGUGUGCGCUGAAGGAUGUGGUAAAGCUUUAUGUUUCAUGCCUACCUGUUGUGGAAAGAGGAAAACAAGAGAAUUCUGUAUCUUUUCAGCCUCGAGACGAUUUGUAUAAGGUGCAUUUUGCGAAGUAUAAGGAAGAACUGGCUGACACUAAAAGGGAGGCGAUGAAUACGAAAUGUUGUGAGAGAAUAGAAAGAACUAGCAGCAAGAUGAGUAUGUUGAAGAAAUGCGUAAAUCUUAUGAACAGCAUCUCAAGGAGGCUGAACACCAGCUCAAUGAGGUUGCUAGAACUCAAUCAGGCCUGCAUUGUACUGAGGUUAUCUGAGAACAUUAUGCCAUGUUUUACUUAUAGAUUUCGGGUUUGACAUUUUCCGAUGCACUUUUAAUAUCCACGGUCCAGCAGAUUUUGUUAAACCCGAAGACUUUAUGGGUUCCACAACCACGAGAACUUCCACACAAAAUCCUGUUUGAUAUGUCUUGAAUUAGCAACAUGUGUCUGUCGUUGGACAAGCCUGUCGAAGACCUCAUACUAUGAAAGAUGGAUUGAGUCACUGGUUCAAAAUCUUCUGAUGGGUCGCUCUUUGGUGAAUUUUUUAGCUACUAUAGAUUCCAACUACUACGUAUAACAAUGUAGUACAAUAGCCAUUAGGUUGCCGAAACUGUUGCAAUUUUAUUUCACCUGAAUCUUGACAAGAAAAGAUUUACAAAUGAUUGCGGUGCUGGACCGAAAAAUUGCGUCAAUGAAAAGAGAAUCCGAGGAGCAGGAACGAAAAAUCAAGGAGCAGGAACGAAAAGUCAUGGAGCAGGAAAAGGAAAUACAAGCAACUUCUAAGCGGCUUGAGGUGAUUGAACGGAGGACUGUAGAGACUAUAUCUGGCCUUCGGAGGAAACUCGAGCAGCAAGAAAAUGAAUUAACAGAGAAAGACGGGAGGAUUGAGCUGUUGAUGUAGAGGAUGAAGAGGGGAAUUGCGGAAGAAGAGAAAGGAAUUGUGGAUUCAGCAAAAUGUUGAAAGGGAGGAAGGCUAAUUGACCGUGCACAUUAACGUACCAUAUCAGAAGCCAGAAAAGCAAAAAAAUAGGAAGAUUGAGCAGCUGAUGGAAGACUAUAGAGAGACAAGAUUUCCAGAUUCAGCAAAUGUUGAGACACAGGAGGCUAAUGAAUCCUGCACUGUGGCAUAUACUGAAUCGGAGGUAAUUUAAUUUUAGUAAUCGUGUUUCACAUUAACUUCGGUUGAUGUCUUUCAUAGAGAUGAGAUUUAUCUUGGUGACGAAAGUCCGGAAUACAGUAGUUCACUCUUACUUUAUUUAUAUGAAAAUGAGAAAAAAAAACAGGAUUCUAGUGAACAGUUUGCAAAAACUGACAACACAGUCAGUGGCGGAGCUGGAAAAUAUAGGUAGGGGUGGCUUGAAAUCUAAUUGGAAUGGUGGGGGUGGCUUAAGCCUAUGGUUUAGGCUUGAUCAGUUUCUUCCAAACUUGAAACUAAGGUGAAAAUUCAAAAUUUUCUUGACAGCCAGCCCAAAGUCUAUGAGUAGUUCCGCCCCUGAACACAGUGCCUAAUUUCACAUUAAUUUGGAGUCCAAGGGAUAUGCCCUCAGAUCUGUUUCUUUUAGAACCUUUUUUGUUUAUUUUUUUGUUCCAUGGACCUUUUAAGAUAUCUUCGUUGAGUAUAUUUUUUGUUCCAUGGUUUUAUAUCGUUGAAUAUGAAAUUUCAAUAUGUCGUGUGAGAUUUUGUGAAGACUCGGUUGGACGACUGGUUACUGGUUACCAUACCAUGUACCCCCCAUAAAAAAGUGCUGUACUUGGACUGGCCUGUCCUGGUUCGGCCCAGAUGGCUGGGUCAUCGAGGAUUCAUUGCGCCAUAUCAUAAGGCGCCUACAUUGAAUUUCAGGAAGAAAGAAAAACAUCCGAGCUGUAUAAUUCAUUGUGAUCAACAGAAAACCUAGGGUUUCACAGAGAAGACGGAGCUAGAGUUACACAGGAAAAUAUGGCGAUUCCUAAAAACGAUGACGAAGGAGGUUCUGAAGCACUAAAAGAAUUAAAAUCAGUGGAUCCUCCAUUGUUUCUAUCACCAUCUCCCAUUCCAUCUCAAGCCACUCGAUUAGCUUCACAAUACUUGUACUCUUCUCUUCAUCCAUUUUGCCCUAAAUCUCCUUUUCAAAGAUUACUUGUUAAAGGAUUUGAUGCUGAACAAAUAUGGCAACAAAUUGAUACUCAAUCGAAUCACUUGGUAUUGAAUCUUAAACGAGAAUUAAAGCAUUUUGAGAAAAACCCAGUUGAGAUUGCUAAGGAUUUUGAUGGAUUGAUUAGGAAGAUAGAGAAGAAAAGUGGGGCUUUUGAUGAGGAAGAUGGUGAGAGUGGUGAUUCUGAUGAGGAAGAUGACGAGAGUGGUGAUUCAGAUGAGGAUAUGGAAGAUGCUGAGGAGAUUGGUGGUAGUUUAGAUGAGGAUGGUGAAGAUGACGAGGAGGAUGAGGACGAGGAAGGUGGAGGUAUUGAAGAUAAGUUUUUGAAGAUGACAGAUAUGAAGAAGUAUAUGAAAGAUGAUGAAGCCAGGGAGUAUGCUGGCGUGGAUGAAGACGAGGAUGAUGAUGAGAUUGGGGAGUUCGGAGUUGAAGACUAUGAUGAGAUGGGAAACGCUAGAUAUGAAGAUUUCUUUGGUGCCAAAAAGGGAGAUAGUAUAAAAAGAAAGUCUGAUUCUCAUGAAGGAGUGGAGGGCUCAGACUCAGAGGAUGAGGAUGAUUUGGACAAAGGCUUUGAAGAUGAGCAGAAGGAAGGAAGUCUUUCUACCUAUGAAAAAGAACAAAAGAAGCAGCGUGCUAAAAUAGAGGAGAUGGAGAAAGCGAAUAUGGAGACUAAGUCAUGGAAUAUGCUAGGAGAGGUUACUGCUAAAGAAAGGCGAAAAAACACUGCACUAGAAGUUGAUCUAGAUUUCGAGCACAAUGUAAGACCUGCUCCUGUAAUCACAGAGGAGGUCACACAAUCCCUUGAAGGUUUGAUAAAGAAAAGGGUUCUUGAGGGGCAUUUUGAUGAUGUGCAAAAGGCACCAAAUUUACCGUCUGCGGUCCCAAAAGAGUAUCAAGAGAUUGAUGAAAACAAGAACACGGAGGGGCUUCAUAAAAGUUAUGAGAACGAAUAUUUGCAGCAGAUAGGUCUGGUGCCAGAGUCUUUCUCAGAUGAGCGAAAGAAAGAAGCAAGUCUUCUAUUCCAGAAGCUCUGCUAUAAGUUGGAUGCUCUAUCCCAUUUCCACUUCACCCCUAAGCCGAUUAUCGAAGACAUGUCAAUACAAGUUAACGUUCCUGCUUUGGCAAUGGAAGAGAUUGCGCCUUUGGUAGUCUCUGAUGCGACCAUGUUGGCGCCCGAGGAGGUAUUUGCUGGCAAAGGAGAUAUCAAAGAAGAAGCAGAGCUAACACAAGCUGAGCGAAAACGGAGGAGGGCUAGCAAGAAAAGGAAGUUUGCAGGCAAGAUUAAAGCUGAGACUGCUAAACGGAUGGAAAACAAGAAGGCACAAGACAGUACUAAUGGUAAUGAAGAACCAUCAGUUCCUGUGUGAGGCCUUAAAUCACAAAGAGAUGCCUUUCAGAAGCUUAGACGGCAGAUAUGGAGAAAAAGCAAGGGGGAAAAGAACAGGACGAGCUCCUAAAGGGGAGAUCCAGUUCUAAUGAGUUUUGACGAAAGUUUUGUAUUCCAAAGUUUUGAAUCCUGAUUAUGAGUUCUAUUCCUUUACAUAGUUGAUAAAAAUGCCAAAGAGAUGCUAUGUAAAUUUGUAUCAGGCUAUAUUAAUGCUUCAAAAUAAUAUUAAUCAGGCUAUAUUUAGGUGUGACAA